AAUAGCCCACUGGAAAGGCAAGCAUGGCCCCUGGUUUUCUCUCCCGAAAAACCAACUGUAUUUUGCUUUCAGCUAACCCUAGGCCUUGUACUUGUCCCCCUUUAUACCCCCUUCUCACAAUCCUCACCCACCAUCAACAGAGAUGCCAAAAUUCACAUCUUUGUCUUCUUUUUACUAUCUCUUCUUCAUCUGUACAAAACCGUUCUAGAAAACGGUACACUUCUCUCUCUUAAACUAUCUCUAUACUCAACCUCUCUUUCUCUCUCUCUAUCCCUAUCUUUAUCUAUAUCUCUAUAUAUUUUUCUUCCCCUGUUUUUUUUUUUUGUUAUUCCGGGCUCUUACUGGGCUGUUUCGCGCUUUCGUUUCAUACCCGGAUAGGAAUUUGAAAUUUUUGUGUGUUUCUAGUUGCCCCCCAAUCGUAAUUUUCUCGGAAAAUUCUGGGAUUUUGUUAUUUUGAGGGGAUCAAUACUAGAGAGAUCGUUACUUUUGUAUUGGGUUCUGGGUUUUACUUUAUCAUAUUUUUUAAUUAAAAAAACAUAGAAAUAAAGUAAUUAAAAUUGGAAUUUUGAGUGUGAAUGGGGAUUGAGACGACUCUGGCUGAUCGGAAAGGAAAGGACUUUUGUGAAUUGCCAAAGGUGACGAAUUCGAAUAACAAAACCAGGAAGAGCCGGCGGAGACAUAAGAAGAUGUCGCCGGUUCAGAAGCUAUUCGAGACCUGCAAGGAAGUCUUUGCCUCUGCUGCUACUGGGAUUGUUCCGCCUUCUGAAGAUAUUCAACGCCUUCGUUCUGUUUUGGAUGACAUGAAACCCGCGGACGUUGGCCUGACUCCGGAGUUGCUAUAUUUCCAACCUUUGUUAAGAAGCAGAACCCCACCAAUUACUUACCUUCAUCUCUAUGAGUGCGAAAACUUCUCUAUGGGGAUAUUUUGCUUGCCGCCAUCUGGUGUCAUUCCACUUCACAAUCACCCUGGGAUGACGGUUUUUAGCAAGCUCUUGUUUGGGACAAUGCACAUCAAGUCAUAUGACUGGGUGGAUGAUGGUCCCCAUAACACAUCAGCAUCGGCCAAUAUGGAUUCUGCUGCAGACGCUACUCCUGAUGUCCGGUUGGCUAAAAUCAAGGUUGACUCUGACUUCACCGCCCCCUGCAACGCGUCCAUUCUGUAUCCAGCCGAUGGCGGUAACAUGCAUCGCUUCACAGCAGUGACUGCUUGUGCAGUGCUGGAUGUACUAGGUCCCCCAUACUCCGACCCUGAUGGUCGGCACUGCACCUACUACCAUGAUUUCCCAUUUUCAGAGUUUUCAGUUGAUGGAGUAAAGUUGCCGGAAGAGGAAGAAGACCAGAAGGAAAGUUAUGCAUGGCUGCAAGAGAGGAUUUUACCAGAAGGCUUAGCAGUACGUGGAGCACCGUACGCAGGCCCAAAGAUAGUGGAGUAAUGAAUAUCAUCGUUCUCGUCACCUCCUCAGUGGAAAAUAUCCAAUACCAUGUCCAACCAACCAUCUCCAUAUCUUGACAUUUCUUUAGUUCUCUCUGUUUUUUCUUUCCUCUUCUUUGUGGGACAUGAAUCAUUACUCAUUAGGCGGUUUUUUUUCCUUUUUUUUCCCUUCCCCCCUACAGUCCUUGUACAUACUCAAAAACAAAAAAAGAAAAAGAAAAUCGGUAAGCGUUCUAGCUAGUUGCACAUCAACAAGAGUAUGAAAGUGCGUUGAGACUGUUUUAAUUGCUUAUUUUCCUGUCAGCUUCAUUGUUACUCGAAAGGGAUACUAAUUCUUUUUCGUACAUACUCCAUAGUGGAAAAAAAACCGAUUAAAGGAGUGUCAAUUGUACUUCUCUGAUUGUAUGAAGAUCAUAUUCGAUAGUUGAAAAUCUUAGCAGCUAUA